UGAAUCCCUUGAAUAACGUUGGGAACUUGGGACAAUGGCGAUGUUGAACAUUCUUAUCCUUCUCAGUUCUAUAGUUGCUCUGGGAGACUUCUCUGCUCUGGGCAACGCAAAUCCAGUGGAGGAGCAGGAGGAUUGGGGAUGUGGUAGAUCAUGUCCCUGGGGUUGGACUGAAUACAACUCACAUUGUUACAUUUACGACAACACUGCGAGGACAUGGUCCCAAGCUGAGCAAAAUUGUCUGUACCUUGGAGGAAACCUGGUGUCUAUUCACAACGCUGGUGAGAAUGAGGCUGUGAAGAAUGUGGUGUUUAGAGCAACUAAUUCUUACCCUUGGACCUGGAUAGGAGGAUCGGAUCUUUAUAAGACCAAGGUGUGGUUCUGGAGUGACGGAACCAAAUUUGAUUACAGUAACUGGGCGAGUGGGGAGCCCAAUAAUGGUGGAGGCAAAGAGCAUUGUGGUCAAAUAAAUUAUCAAGGAGCUGGUUACUGGAACGAUUUACGCUGUGAAUUAACAUUGCCAUCUGUGUGCAAGCUCAGACAACAGUAAAUCCAGCAAAACAUCAACAAAUGCAACUCAACUGUGUCAAAUAUGAAACACUUUUUAUGGUAAAGUCUAAUACUUGUUAGUUGAUUACUUGCUGUAAAAGGAAUGUUACAAAAUGUUGACAAAUGGUUUUGAAGUUUGAUGUUAAUAAAACUAGUGAAAGCAUUAUAUGUCUGAAAAUUAAAAUCAAUCAGGUCAUGUGAAUUAUUUCCUUUGAAAUACUUAUAGGUCCCAAUAUUUCAGUAUCGUUUGUCUGACAGUAGGAGAGAAAACAGUCUGUGGCUUUGGUGGCUGAAAUCUUGGAUUACGCUCUGGGCCUUCAUCUGGCACUGUCUAGCAUAGUGGAUCUGGAUGGCAGGGAGCUCGGCCACGGUGAUGUACUGGGCCCUCAGCACCAACCUGUGAACUGCUUUGCGGUCAGAGAUGGUAGUUUUGAAAUACCAAGCGGUGGUGCAGCUGGCCAACAUGCUCUCAGUGGUUCAGUGAAAUAUUUUGAGUAUCUCAGGAUGCAUUCCAAAUCACUUCUGCCUCCUCAUGGGGAGGAGGCGCUGUCUUUACAAUUAUGUUUUGUUUGGAUCAUGAACGGUC